UACAAUAAAAGCCCGACUAUUCUCUCAAAAAUGAGAUACGAUUCCAACAAAUGUACACCUCAGAUGUCCUUUAACAAGGAUCCAAAGGUAGAGUGCGUGAAACAAUUUUAUUCACAAUUAUAAAAUUGAAAUAAUUGAAUCAAGUUGAGAUAUUCAACUCUUUAAUUAAUUUAAUAAUCCGUAUAUACGGUAUACGGUACACGGUACACGUCGUUGAGCAAUUAUAUAUACACGAUACCUUGCGAAGAUUGUUGAUACAAGUGAUUGAAUAUUCCAAGUCUUUUUGGAAUUAAAGAUACGAAUACAAGUACAAUAGUAUUAAUUAGUAUUAGUAUCUUCAAAGAAAUGGGAAACUGUACAUCUUGUGUAAGUUCUGAUAUUCAAGUGCACGAGUAUGGCUGCAUUGAUAAUUCUGUACACAUUCGAGCUUCCAUUAAUGGUUGUUAUAAGGUUGGUUCUGUGCACUCGGAACAAGGAGCUAAAGGUGUCAACCAAGAUUCUGCUAUUCUCUACCAGGGAUAUGGAAGAGAGGAUGGAGCAUUUUGUGCCGUUUUUGAUGGGCAUGGAAUAAAUGGGCAACUAGUGAGCAGAAUAGCAAGAUAUCAACUACCAACAAUACUAGAAAGCCAAAUGAAAGUCAUGGAAUGGAAUGAAGCUUUUGUUAGUUCAUUUAAAGCCAUGGACAAACAGAUUAAACUCAUUGAUACCAUUGAUUGUUCUCUUAGCGGAAGUACUGCUGUGGUUGUUGUCCAACAGGGGGAAGAGCUAAUUAUAGCCAAUCUUGGAGAUUCAAGAGCUGUUCUCGGGACGUUGAACGAGAACAGAGUGGAAGCAGUUCAAUUAACAAAAGAUAUGAAGCCAGAUGUAGAAGAAGAAGCAGAUCGGAUCAAGAAAGCAAAGGGUCGGGUUUUUGCUCAUAAAAGUCAACCACAUAUAUUACGCGUAUGGUUGCCGGAUGAGGAUGUUCCAGGGCUUGCUAUGACUCGUGCAUUUGGUGAUUUUGAUCUCAAGACCUAUGGAAUUAUUGCCACUCCUGAGCUCACUCGACGCCGUAUUACCUCAAAUGACCUCUUUCUUGUGCUCGCUUGUGAUGGGGUAUGGGAUGUGCUGAGCAACGAGGAAAUAGUGUCAGUGGUGUGCUCAGUUAAAAAUAAGGAGACAGCAGCAAAAGCAAUAGUGGACGAAGCUUUAGCUGCUUGGAACCGCAAAUUUCCAUCAGCAAGUGUAGAUGACUGCACUGCUGUCUGCCUAUUCUUGCAAGACACAAAAAAGGACUCAUUUUUGCCUCCUGCUACUUAAAUUUUGCACUAUCCAACAAUUUAACUUGCUCGUUGUUCUUCUUAAUUAGCCACUAUAAUUAAACGUUAAAAUUGAAACGGCCAAAUUAGAGCUAUGAACGCUCAUUCUUCGCUUAUUGUCGUCGCUAUUUGGGCGUUUAAUUGUACGUUGUGAGCUGCAAAAGGGUCUUUAUUAUUGAUGGCUUGCUAAUACAAUAUGGAUGUAAUAAUGAGGGGGAAUGUUUCACUUCAUUUGUGCAUCUAAAUGUCAUCACUUAUUUGUGAUGGUGCAAUGCGCAAAGUGUUAUGUAUAUAAUUAUUGGAGUAAUAAUAAUACUAUUUGAACUUUUGUAUUUA